AUGCAUAUACAGACUACGCCCAGGCUGACCAUAUCUCACUUCUGGCAGUGUGACCAGCGGAAGCCGAGUUGCUUGAAGUGCGAGAAAUCUCGCUAUCACUGUCCAGGCUAUCGUGAUCUCCAUCAAGUCCUGUUCCGAGACGAGUCAGAGCGUGUCAGGCAGAAAGCUUAUGAAAAGCACCUGACUCAACCCAAUCUAACCGGAGGAGUGGUGCGUGGCGGCGAUCUUGUACAAGCCUUCCAGCCUCUGCACUCCGCAACAGCCUUUCUUACUUCAAAUCUGUCAUGUGGACUAUCUCAUCCCCUCGGAGAACUUGGCAUGAACUUCUUCUUCACAAGAUACACCUUCGAUCAACCACCUUUUUCUCACGGAUACUCGCACUGGCUGGCCCAGGCAUGCUUUGGACAUACGCCAAACCACGCCCUGCAAGCAGCAAUUGAAGCUGUCGGUACAGCAGCAUUAGCCAAUGUCUUUCAUGCCCCCAGCGCUGCAGCGAAAUCAAAGAAGCAAUAUUCUUGGGCCUUGAUGGCGACAAAAAGGGCACUGAAUAACCCGACUCAAGCUCUUGCAGACGAAACAAUGAUGGCAAUCAUCCUCCUUGGGCUUUUCGAGACGGUCACAUUUGAUACCUGGGAUCACUACCAAGGAUGGGAGACGCAUGUCCAGGGGGCCACAGCCUUGCUGGAGUUGAGAGGAAGACAACAGUUCAACACCGAGCGCGGUGGACAGCUCUUCAUUCAGCUACGGUCCCAGAUACUUUCAACAUGCAUGCAGCGCCACAUCCCAGUCCCGAAAACACUAAUGCAAAUGUGGGACACCUUUUACACAAGCAAGACCAGGAAAUGGUGGCAGCGCCGUAAUCUUGCUACUUCGAAUUCCAUUUGCGAGAUCUCAUUCCGCCUGGUAAACCUUCGCGCAGCAUUACGGAAUGGCAAAAUCGCAGGUGCCCAGACAAUUAUUGACACCGCCAUUGCGAUCGACGAAGAUCUGGUCACUUGGCGGACAACCAUGCCACUCGAAUGGAACUACACCACAGUAGACGCUCCUGAUAAUUUCGGCGGGACUGCCCAUACAUAUCCUAAUCUCUGGGUGGCAGAAGCUUGGAAGAAUUGGAGAAUAUUGCGGAUUCUUGUCAACCAAACGAUCUAUGAAAAUGGGGGUGGUUCGAGCCAGCCAAGCGAUGAAAGCAUUUCGAAGGCUCCCUCGGUGAUCCGCGAAUCAUCUUGGGAGCUUUGUAUCUGUUGCUCCAACUUCAUGGGCACCCCGCGGGUACCCACACUCAUCGAGCCGCUGUAUCUUGUCGCCAUGGAAUAUCUAAACCCUCUCGAGCUACGACACUUCGCUAUUGAGCAGUUACGCUCCAUCGACACGACAAUGGGCAUUCGGCAUGCGAGCUUGCUUGCUGGUAUGGCAUACGAAAGUCUCAUGAGUAAUAACCCUGAGCAUGUUCUGACAAAUUAUGUUGCUACAAUGGGCACCACUAUGAGUCCAUCUCAGGUUCCGGCCAUCUCAUUCGCGUAA